GUGGUUUGCGCGCAGGAUCUUAGAGCGGAGAACAUGUGAGAGGGAAUGGGAAACUGGAAACUGGAUUACACUUUACAGAAAGACGCAGAAGGAGGAACACACAGGAUUUUGACAGGGCGCUGCGGCUCCGUUGAGUAGGACAUCCGCACGGCUGCCAAGCACUUUCAGCGGAAACACGGGGGAAAAGGAGUUGGACUAAUAUACCAAAGAUGAACACAAUUGUGUUUAAUAAGUUAAGCAGCCAGGUCUUAUUCGAGGAGAAGGCGAAUGAGGUGGAAAGAAGCAGUCGCAAUUAUCUAGAGGUGAUAGACGGGCAGCAUCCGGACCUGCUCUCCAGCAGCCCAGUCCUCAAAGACAGCUCCGCUAUACGGCACAGGAGAUCAGGGUCUCGUCAAAACCCAGGAAAGGUACGGCAUAAACGGCAAGCUUUACAGGACAUGGCCCGGCCUCUGAAACAGUGGCUCUACAAACACAGGGACAAUCCUUACCCCACUAAAACAGAGAAAAUUCUUCUCGCGCUUGGCUCACAAAUGACACUUGUGCAGGUGUCUAACUGGUUUGCAAAUGCUCGACGGCGACUGAAGAACACAGUUAGGCAGCCUGACUUGAGUUGGGCGCUUAGGAUCAAACUCUACAACAAAUACGUCCAGGGCAAUGCAGAAAGGCUGAGCGUCAGCAGUGAUGACUCCUGCUCUGAUGAUGCUGACCCAGCAACACGAGCUCAGGUCGGGGAGUUCAGUAAACCCAUGUACCAGAGCGUCAUCAAGAAGGAAGGUGGCGGCAUGGGGGCGGGUCUUCGAGCAGCUUCAGACGCCUCAUUGGCUGACGACUAUGUGUCACCGCCUAAAUACAAGAGCAGCCUGUUGCAUCGUUACCUCAAUGACUCGCUCCGUCAUGUAAUGGGGGCCAAUGGCGUAAUGGACGCACGGAAGAGGAACCACUCGGGCUCGUUCAGCUCAAAUGAGUAUGAUGAAGACCUGCUGUCACCAUCCUCUUCAGAAGCAGAAGCCAACUUUAUCUACAGGACUGAGACUGUGGAGCAUGGAUCAAAUAAAUGUGACAGGAGUCUGCAGAAGGAGAAGGGACAGAGGAAAGAUGAGACGUACUGGAGGGAGAUCAACGCUGCCAUGGCUCUCACUAACCUGGCUCAGCCUAAAGGCACGGCCACCGCUGGCACCACCACCAGCUGCAUCAUCCAGAAAUCCUCACAUAUAGCCGAGAUCAAGACUGUUAAAGUGCCUCUCCUCCACAAAUACUAAUGCGCGCACACACAGUGACAGAAGACCCCGCUCCUCUACUUUUGGAAUAUUCUACAUUACUUUGUGGUACUGGUUUGUUAUUAUAAGUACAAUGAAGUGCCCUGAAAUGCAGCACUUGUUUAGUUCACCAAUGUGUGCAUUUCUUUUUCUCCUUUUGGAUAAGUGUUGACGAAACAGCAGUAUUUCUGAACGAGACACUUUUGCAAUGUUAACUUAUUUUGAUAUUAAUCAGAAAUUUGUAUUGUAUCGCACCAAAGUGCCUUGAUGCGUCUCGAAGGAGAGAUGAAUGAGAAUGUACAGUUGGAUGAAAUGACAAAGGAGUGUGUGUGUGUGUAUACGCGUGUAUAAUACACACUCUUCUCUCACCGCCGAUGACCUUCAGAUCCAAUCAUCAUCGUCCACAUAAGGCCAUUUGUGCAUGUUUUGUCUUGAUAUCUCCUCUGGCUGUGACUACAACAGUGUUUUGUCUCCAAAAUUUGAAAACUUCAACUGUCACCUGCCAACAAUAGCCGUGAGCUGAGAGAUAAGUUCAAACUCUGCUUCCUCUCGUUUGCCCACGUUUCUCAGACACAGUGAGAAAGAUAGAAACAGACUUCAAGGUUUUUUGUUUUUUUUUCCUGUAUCUGUUUUGAGACGAGGACUGGGACCCAAAGGGAUAUUUAUGAAGUUGGUAUUAUUGCUUAAAAGCCAACGUGUUGCCAUCUUUUUUCAGAACAACGUACUUCAGUGGAAGCAGAAAAUAAUUUAGCCAGUCAUGUUUUAUCCCCCUUUUUUCCCUCUCAGCUGGACAGAAUUACUCUCGAAUUGUUGUUUACAAAAAGUACAAAAGAUACUUCCAUUUUAAAACACACACACACACACACACACACAUGCACCCACGCACGCACGCACACACGCGCACACACACACGCGCGCACACACACACACAAAGAUAAAAAGUAUAGCAGUAUUACCACAUCUCAGAUUCAGUGAGCAAUCUCAUUUUGUUUGUUUUGCGGUUUUUGCCUUUGGUUGUGUUGAAGGAAUGGAAAGAAACUAUGUUGGAUGCAGUGUUAUUUACAGUAGAGUCGAGUUUUACUCCAUUUACAGAAUUAAAAGAGCAAUUUUGAGUGUCGUAAUAAGCAAGUAUGUCUGUUUAAAGGAAAGGCCAAAGAGACUUAUUGAAAAAGCAGUAUGCACUUAUCUGACUGCACCCAAUCCCAUUUUUAAUAUCAGUUAGCACUAUGCCCCUGCUUUUCUGCUCAGCAGAGCACUGUAGCACAUUUUAUUUGGUAAAUUUUCUAUUAAAAAUGGGGAAAUGUAUGAUCUGAUCUGCUUUUGAAAUCUCCUUUCCCUUUGUUUUCCCUCUUGAAUCACAUGUGAAUGUCUUUUGGCCUUUACGGUGAACAAAGAGAUGAGAAAGUUACCCGAGUUUCACUAACUGUGUUCAAAAGGACGCUGACAGACAAAGUUAUUUUGUGCACAUUUUAGAACCUUUGAAAUGAUUAAAGACUGUAAAAAGAAACGAGUAAUAAUAGUCUGUUUUUUAUUGUUAAGUUAUAUUCUUUUUUUUAUUGUAGAGACUGGAUGUUUAUCCAAUGAAGGAAUGCAUAAUAUCUCAUUUAUUCUCUAAUUUUCUUUUAAUGUUCAGUUUUUACAUCAGGAACCUUGUUUACUUCAACGGAACGUUAAAUAAAACAUUUUGAUGA